AUGAAGUGGACAUUGCCUUCCCUCGUGGCUAUUGCCGCCCCGGCUAUUGCGUCCAACUGUCACUGUUUACCAAGCGAUAGCUGUUGGCCUGCCCCAUCGGCUUGGGCAUCCCUCAACCACACCGUUGGUGGUCGCCUGGUUGCUACCGUCCCUAUCGGUACCCCCUGCCAUGCACCCAACUACGAUGCUGCCGCCUGUGCAGCGCUCAAGACCGACUGGAACAAACCCCAGACCCAUCUUGAGUCCUCUUCAUCGGUGAUGCAAAUGUUCUUUGCCAACCAGAGUUGCGACCCAUACACGUCCAAGAAUAAGCCGUGCCGCCUCGGCAACUACGUGAACUACGCUGUGAACGUCUCUUCCAGCGCGCAGGUCAUUGCUGCUGUCAAUUUUGCCCGUGAUAACAAUAUCCGCUUCGUUAUCCGUAAUACCGGCCAUGACUACCUUGGCCGUUCAACUGGUGCCGGUGCCCUCUCUGUUUGGACUCACCACUUGAAUGAUAUCGAGUACCAGGACUGGUCUGGUCCGACCUACACAGGCCCUGCCUUCAAGAUCGAGGCUGGUGUAGUUGGUUACCAGAUCCUCGAGGCUGCAGCCGCCAAAGGCCUCGUCGUCGUCGGUGGCGAAUGUCCCACGGUCGGCCUCGCCGGUGGCUACACCCAAGGCGGCGGUCACUCCGCCCUCAGCAGCAACUUCGGUCUUGGUGCCGAUAACACCCUAGAGUUCGAAGUUGUCACCGCCGCUGGCGACCUGGUCAAGGCCUCGCGCACCGAGAACCCCGAUCUCUUCUGGGCACUGAGCGGUGGCGGCGCCGGCAACUACGGCGUUGUCAUCUCCCUAGUUGUCAAGGCAUACCAAGACGCGUCCAUUGCCGGUGCCGCUCUUGAGUUCACCGCAGCUGACAUCACCACCGACACCUUCUACGAGGCUGUUUCGCAGUUCCAUGCUCUGCUGCCCGCCAUGGUCGACCACGGUGUGACUGUCAUAUACCAGAUGACCAAGAGCGUCUUCAUCAUCGACCCCAUCACAGCCUACAACCAGACUACCGAUGACGUCAAAGCCAUCCUCGAGCCAUUCACCUCGAAGCUCACCGAGCUGAACAUCACGUACCAAGCCAGCUUCACCGAGCACGACUCGUACUAUGACCACUACAACACGUACAUGGGUCCUCUUCCUUGGGGCAACCUUGACGUGGGCGCCUACCAAUACGGCGGACGUCUGAUUCCCCGCAGCACCCUCGAGCAGAACUACAACGGGAUGGGCGACGCACUGCGCACCCUGACCCAGGGCGGCUUGGUCGCCGUCGGAGUCGGCAUGAACGUCUCCAACCCAGUCAACGUCUCCAACGCAGUCUUCCCAGCCCUGCGCAACGCAGCCGUGACGAUGCAAUUCGGCCUGCCGUGGAACGAGACCGCGCCUUGGUCCGAGAUGAUUGCGGACCAAAAGAAGAUUACGACUAAAUAUGUGCCUGCGCUCGAGGCUGUCACUCCUGACAGCGGCUGCUACCAGAAUGAGGCUGAUUUCCGCCAGCCGAACUGGCAGCAGACCUUCUUCGGAAGCAACUACGCCCCUCUGCUUACUAUCAAGCGCAAGUGGGAUCCUUCGUCGUUCUUCUAUGCCCUCAAGGCUGUUGGCAGUGAUGCCUGGUCUGUGUCUGAUUCGGGGCGGAUGUGCCGUACUUGA